AUGGACCUUGGCACGACAAAUAGUUGUGUAGCUGUCAUGGAAGGGAAGACACCUCGUGUAAUAGAAAAUGCUGAAGGUGGCCGAACAACACCUUCUGUUGUUGCAUUUACCAAAGAUAAUGAAACAUUAGUUGGGCUACCCGCUAAAAGACAGGCAGUUGUCAAUCCUGAAAAUACGUUUUUCGCCACAAAACGAUUAAUUGGGCGUAAAUUCAGGGACAAAGAAGUCCAAGAUGAUAUUGGACAUGUACCAUAUAAGAUUAUUGAACACAAGAACGGAGAUGCUUGGUUGGAAACACGUGGAAAACGAUAUAAUCCCUCGCAAAUAGGUGCCUUUAUAGUGUCUAAAAUGAAAGAAACUGCAGAGUCAUAUUUGGGUAAACCUGUAAAGAAUGCCGUUAUUACGGUACCUGCUUAUUUCAAUGAUUCCCAACGACAAGCCACAAAAGAUGCCGGGCAGAUUGCUGGUCUCAAUGUUCUGCGUGUAAUCAAUGAACCGACUGCCGCUGCGCUUGCUUACGGUUUAGAUAAAGUAGGCGAUAAAAUCGUAGCAGUUUAUGAUCUGGGUGGUGGUACAUUUGAUAUUAGUAUUUUGGAAAUUCAAAAAGGAGUAUUCGAAGUUAAAUCAACAAAUGGCAAUACUCAUCUUGGUGGAGAAGAUUUUGAUAGCACUUUAGUCCAACAUAUAGUUGAACAAUUUAAAAAAGAGCAAUUCGUGGAUCUGACUAAAGAUCCUAUGGCUAUACAACGGAUUCGUGAAGCUUCAGAAAAAGCAAAGAUUGAGCUAUCAUCUACUCUCCAGGCAUCUGAUGCCACCGGACCUAAGCACAUCAAUAUGAAAUUAACUCGUGCUACAUUCGAAUCUUUGACCAAAGGACUAAUUGAUAAGACGAUUCGACCGUGUCAACUAGCUUUGAAGGAUGCCAAUGUUAAUACAAGUGGUAUUAAUGAAGUUAUAUUAGUUGGUGGUAUGACGCGAAUGCCAAAAGUAAUUGAAACAGUAAAGGAAAUUUUCAAACGAGAACCAUCAAAAUCCGUUAAUCCUGAUGAAGCAGUUGCUAUUGGUGCUGCCAUUCAAGGAGGUGUGCUUGCUGGUGAAGUCACAGACAUUUUACUAUUAGACGUUACCCCUCUUUCACUCGGAAUUGAAACGCUUGGUGGUGUGUUCACGCGUUUAAUCAACAGAAACACGACAAUUCCAACAAAGAAAUCUCAAGUAUUUUCAACGGCAGCUGAUGGACAGACGACCGUCGAAAUCAAAGUCUAUCAGGGAGAACGUGAAUUAGUUAAAGAUAAUAAAUUGCUCGGAAACUUCCAGUUGACGGGAAUCCCCCCAGCACCAAAGGGUGUUCCUCAAAUCGAAGUAACAUUUGACAUUGAUGCAGACGGUAUUGUUAAUGUCGGUGCAAAAGAUAAAGCCAGCGGAAAGGAUCAAUCAAUUACAAUAGCUGCCCAGUCUGGCUUAAGCAAGGGAGAAAUAGAAAAUAUGAUCCUCGAGGCUGAAAAACAUGCAGAAUCCGACCGUGAACGAAAAGAAUUGAUAGAGGCUUCAAAUAAUGCAGAUAUGGCAACACACGAACUUGAGAAAAAUCUCAACGAAUAUAAAGAUCAAAUUGACGCUCAAGAAUCAGAAAAAAUAAAAGAAAAAAUCCAAGAAUUGCGAGAGUUUGUAGCUCAAGCACAAAGUAACCAGAAUAUCAAAGCAGAGGAGAUUAAGUCCAAGAUUAAUGAAGUACAACAAGCUGGGCUAAAAGUUUUUGAAUUAGCAUAUAAAAAGCGCGCGGAAACACAAUCGAAAGGAAGUAGUGAAACUCCCGAAGGAAAUGAGGCCGAGUACCGGGAUAUAAACGAGGAUAAGAAAUAG